CUCUAGCACCAACCUCAGAACAAAGUAGGGUAGUAAAAAGUAAAAUAUUUCCCUCUGAAAUGUAGUGGAGCAGAAAUAUAAAGUUGCAUAAAGUGGUGUAGCGAAUGUAGGGCUUUAAAUUGACUUACAUUGAUUGGGUAACAUUGUAAAGUUAAUAGCCAAUUUGGCCGGUGAUGAAUGAAGCGAAUAACUUGCGUCUGUUUGAAUCGGCAGGCUGCAGAAAUGAUUUAGCAGCGUUGCCAGAUUGGUCUGUUAUUUGCCAAGAAAUUUGGGCAGUUUUGUGUGUGUUAUGCUUGGAAAUGUAAUCUUUAUCUGGCAACACUGCUUGUAGUACUAAUCCUACAUUUCCCAUGAACACUAUGUGGUGGCAACUAUAGACAACAUGGACGAUUUAAGCAAAAUGGUCUACUCCGGAUACAGCUAUCGAGCCUGGAUAGGGCUGUACGAUGAUGUGGACAGCUGGGAGUGGUCACUGUCAGACACAAGUUUCUACAAACCCGGGGAGACGGAGUUCAGACAAUGGCGGACAGGAGAACCGAAUAAUAAAUCUGGUAAAGAACACUGCACAGAGAUGUAUGAUACCGGGCUAUGGAACGACAACGAUUGUGAAGCCUCCAGGAGGGCAGUCUGCGUAGAUGUCAGAGGGCCAAAUGUGACUUUUAUCCUCAAUAACAUCACCAUGAAGUGGACCCAGGCCCAGAGCUACUGCAGAGAACACCACACAGACCUGGCCAGCAUUAGAAACAUUACGGAAAACCAGAAGGUACGUGACGUAGCUGCAGGACACAGUGUCUGGAUCGGCCUUUUCAGAGAGUGCUGGAAGUGGUCGGAUGGAAGUAACUCCUCAUUCAGGUACUGGAGUCUGAAAACUAAGGAACCCAACAACAACCAAGGGGCCGAGGCUUGUGUGGCUGCAUACUUUGAAGUCUCUGGGAAAUGGGAAGACUGGCCCUGUCACUACAAGAGAGCGUUCAUUUGUUACGGUCCAGUGCCUGUUUCAAAGAAAGUGAUGAAAGUGAAGUUUGAGAACAAGAACAAUCUGGAUCUGAAUGACCCUGCUAUGAUGGAGGCCAUGUUGAAGCAGCUCCAACAGAAGCUGAGGGACCAGGGGCUGGACGACAACAUCAAACUGAGCUGGAGGAAGCAGGCCGAUGGAAAAGUCUUCCACAAGGAAGACAAGAAGACAAACAAGAGGAGGAGGAAGAGGGAUGAGCUGUAAUGUUGUAUUGCUGCAUUUAUUUUCAUCAGAGAAAAGUCUGUUUCUUUCCUCAAAGUCCAUAAUAAUUA